AAAGGUGAAAAUGCUGAUUCUCCAGUUACAGAAGACAUCAACGAAGCUACACAUUUGAAAUUACAAAAUGGAACAAUACUAGAUUUAAAUCAAGACACGAUUUUUGAAAUAGAGACAAAACCAAUCAGUUUGAAGGUAGCAGCAUACUGUUGGUUCAAUCAAGAUUUAUCAGCCGCUGAAUUUUUAGCUGAUUCUCAAAGUAAAAAUGUUCAAACAUUAACCUUUUUGCAGAGAACUGAUUUGAUUACGUGGUUAAAGGGAGACUCAGAUGAAUCAGAAUUUAUCAGUAAGAAAUCAGAAGCUGAAGAAGAAGGAAAACCAGCAGGUGAUGAUAAAAUGGAGGUUGAUGAUCCAUUCUUAGAGCAGAUUCUUAAUAAUGAACGUCAUUUAAUUGAUCAUAAUACUGCACUAAGGGGGUUUAAAGCUGUUGAUUUCAGUAAUGUUGGUCGUGAAUGUGAAAUUAAAAUAGUUAAAGUUCUCAAGAGAAAAGGGGGAAGCACAGCUCCAUCUUCAAAAUCAAGCACGAACACUGCUGGCCCACCAGAGAAGAAAAGACGUCAAAAUCCAAUUAUACUAAUCUCUCCAGCUGCAUCUGCCCUUAUAUCUAUUGCAAAUAUUAAACCAUUUUUUGAUGAAUCUACAUUCCUUGAUCCAAACUCUGCAGAUCCAAAAGUUCAAGAACUAUUGAAUUAUGGUGGUGAUAUUAGAAACGUUUCACAUACUUUCCCAAGAAUCGGUAAACAAACUUUUUUGAUUGUUAAUAAUACAGAUAAAUUCACUAAGGCCGAAUACUGGGAUAGAGUUGUUGCAAUUUUCACUACAGGUCAACAAUGGCAAUUCAAGAGUUAUAAAUGGUCAGAUCCUCAACAACUAUUUCAAAAGAUCAAAGGUUACUUCUUCCACUACAAUGGUGAUAUCAUACCUUCACAAGUCAAUGACUGGAACGUUGAAAAGAUAGGAUUAGACAAGUCCAAGAGAUUUAAAGAUGCACAAGUGUUGAAUCAUUUUUGGGAUAGUUUAGAAAAAUCCAUGAUUGCAAGAGGAUGG